AUGAAAGGGCUAUCAAGAAUUCUGCUUCUGCUUUUGGGAUCAGUUGCUUCUGCUCAAAAUGAGGUUUUACGAAGAUCUAAUUCAUGCGUUACUCAUGUCAAUGAGAGUUCUUGUCAAAAUUAUUUGAGUACUAUCAUGAGUGUUGAUGACCAGCUUGGUGAAUUCCCUUCUGAUACUCUACGUUCUUAUUUUCUAAGCUUGGGAUUUAUUUAUGACUUUGUUUUUUGUGCUCUAGAAUAUAGUACAAUAGAAUCACAAGCAAGCCAAGCAGGACUUAAUGAAUUAUUUACUGAAGCCGGAUUAUAUCAGGACAUAAGUUCACUCUCAUUUUGUGAAGAUGUGACCACGUCGGAAUCUUCUAAUUUUAAUUUUGUUUCCGAAACUUCAAUUUUUUCCUCUGAACCAACUACAUCUCCAGUUUACAGUUCUGAUAUUCCAUUUGAAGAACCGACAAUUUCCUCUUCUUCGAUCUAUAGUUCUCAAAUUUCCUCCAAUGAAUAUUUUUAUUCAAAUUAUAGUUCUUCCUUGGCUUUUGAAGAAUCUACUUUCUCCACACCCAUUGUAGAGUCAGCAACUGGAGUAGGGUCAGUUUUUUCUGCAAACACUGAAGAAACCUCAACACCGCCUUCUACAAUCACUACUACUUCAACGCCCACUAUUUGCGCACCAAAUUACGACACCACUCAAUGUUCAGAGGCAUUGAGAUCAUUUAUCGCUUAUGUCUAUCUGACUUCGGUGACAGCAACCCCUACUGCUGUAGUACAAAUCCUCAAGCACAAACGUAAUGUUCCAGACGUGUCACAAUACUACCAUUCUCCAGGAAAUACUGCUCUUGCGGCUCUUCUCUAUUGUUCCGCUUCUUAUACCGACUUUGCUACUGUUUUUAACCAAGAGUUAGGUCGGGGCUUAAAUGAUGCUGAAGUUCCCUUUACACCUACAAUUUCUUUAUGCGAUGGUCCUGCAACUCUUGUUGUUCCAACAACCACUACUGUUUUGUCUGAGUCUACUUCAUCCGGAGAUUUUUUAGAACCUACUUCAAUUUACAGUUCAUUAAGCUCUCCUGAUACUGCACUCGAAUCUACCACCCCAGAAUACCAAAGCACUACUACUUCUGCGAAAGCAACAACUACUGUAGCUACAGAUAGCACAUGUCCCACCCUUGUUAGUGAAAAUACUUGCCGCUCUUAUUAUACUCAGCUUUUGGCCAACACUCAGCUCUUCAAUGGAAUGACUCUUAGUCAGUUACAAUUUUUUUUUAAAACUUCAGGUUUUUCUUACAGCUUUGUUGUAUGUGCAGGAACUUACACAAAUAUUUACACCGAGGCUACCCAGAACGGGCUUUACAGAUACUUUUCUUCAGCUGGUAUAUUAAGUACCCUUACAACCUGCUAUUCUGCAGCAUCUACGUCAUCAACUGUAGUUCCAACAACUACUCAAUUCAUUGUUACAAAUAGCUUAUUGACAACAACAACUUCUAUUCCCAAAUCCACUUUUGAAGAAACAGUUCCCACCUUUACUUAUAUUUCUGACGAAACCACAAGCUUUUAUAAUAGUUUUAUUUCUUCACAAUCUGAACAGAACUCAGCUGUUCCUCAAACUUCAGUCAUUGAGCCUAUAACUAUCACAACUGAUUUGCCAACAACAAUAAGCGUCGCUUCUCCUACAACCACUCAUUAUUGUGCUUCAGAUUAUAAUGAGUCUGAAUGCCUUAGUGCCUAUACUUCUUUUAUGUCAGUAGUUGAAGACUUAGGUGAUGAUCAAUCUAGUUAUCUAGCUUACCCUAGAAAUUCUGAAUUGCCUGCACUUCUUUGGUGUUCAAUUGAAUAUAAGGCAAUUGCAACUCAAAUCAAUGCUCCUGAUGGACUUUUUGAUCUUCUUUCUAUGUAUAGACUUCCUUUCACACCUAGUAUUUAUCAGUGCACAGAGUACGCAACUUAUACAACUCAUUCAUCCAAUAACCCCUCCACUUAUACCUCAGAAGAAAAUGAAAGCUCUUACAAUAGUUUUAUUUCAAAAUCUUCUUCACAAUCUGAACAGAACUCAGCUGUUCCUCAAACUUCAGUCAUUGAACCUAUCACAGUCACAACUGAUUUGCCAACAACAAUAAGCGUCGCUUCUCCUACAACCACUCAUUAUUGUGCUUCAGAUUAUAAUGAGUCUGAAUGCCUUAGUGCCUAUACUUCUUUUAUGUCAGUAGUUGAAGACUUAGGUGAUGAUCAAUCUAGUUAUCUAGCUUACCCUAGAAAUUCUGAAUUGCCUGCACUUCUUUGGUGUUCAAUUGAAUAUAAGGCAAUUGCAACUCAAAUCAAUGCUCCUGAUGGACUUUUUGAUCUUCUUUCUAUGUAUAGACUUCCUUUCACACCUAGUAUUUAUCAGUGCACAGAGUAUACAACUUACUCAUCUAUUAGCUCCAAGAGCCACCAGUCAUCAAAUCCUUCACUGACUGGAAGUCCUACUGAGACUGGAAUUCCUACUGAGACUGGAAUCUCAGGGCCUACUUCAACUAUUCAAACUGAGUCAUCCAUACAAUCUGACUUUUUUUCUUCUGAAGUUUUACAAUCUUCUUUCCAGGAAAGUAAAACUUUUGAGACAACUACUAAUACCGCUAUAUCAACCUUGAUAUUUUCAACUUCUUCUAAGCCCAUCACUUCAACUACAUCCACAUCCACAUCCACAGCUUCUGUUUCUGCUAUUCCUACAACCCCUCUUCAGUUUGAUGCACUUGUGGAUACUGUUUUCUCAAGAGCCCUUUCCUUGUUUCCUCAAAGCUCUACUAACCCCCUAGUCUCAACUCUUAUCAAUGAAAUUUCUAGUGUUGUUAUGAAUGUUCUUGGCUCAGUUGCAAAAAGAUUGAUUUCAUUUAUUUUGAACUUUUUAUCUUUGGGGAUCAGAAAAAGAGACACUGAAAGUGAUGUCAUUUCUAUUUUCACUGAUUUCACCACUACCUUGAGCAACUGGUUGACUGAAAGUUCGUUCCAAGAUUUCCUUGACAAUCUUAAGAACCUUUCACAAUUCUCUGACUCUGCUUCUAUUCUUGCUAAUAUUUCUUCAUCUGUUGGAUCGACGUUUGAUGCUAUUAGGGAAGCUAUUGCCAUUUUAUCUGCUACUUAUCCUGAUUUUGUUUCUGUUGCCAACAGCUUUACUGACAUUUUUGAUGAGUUUGUUUCUCAAGCCACUACAGCAAUUGAUAGUAGUGAUAACUCUUUGAUUUCAUCGUAUUUCUUGUCUUCUGAUAUUGAAACUUCAGCCUCUGGGUCUUUAACUGUUGAGUCUUCUUUUGAAAUUUCUUCUGUUGACUAUUCUAGAUCUUUUAUUAGCGAAGGUUUUUCAUCAGAAUCUGUUAUUAUUGAAUCCUCAGUCUCUGAAUCUUUUGCUAGCGGGGCUUCGUUUAAAUCAUCUGUGUUUGAGCCUUCGAUUUCUGAGGCUUCAGUUUCUGAAUCUUUGAAUUCAAACUUUAUUACCUCUACUUUUGUUAGUUCCGAAUCGAAAGCUGUCUCAGAGUCAUCCGCUGAAAAUUCAAGUUCUUACGAACAUUUGAGUUCUGAGGCUUCUUUCCCUGAUUCAUCUCUUGGAUUUUCGUCUUUUGAAGGUGCUUUUACUACUCUUACAAAUACCGUCACCAAGUACACUACUGUUACUUCAGUCGAGGGAACCAAAACUGUUACGUAUACAGAGCCAUGUGAAACAGACACUGAGACCGUCAUCAUUAAACCAGGAACCACUAUCACUUUGACUCAGCAUUGCUCUGCCUGCUCUACUAAAACGCUGACUUCUAUUGAAGUUGCAACUUUGACAUCAACUAAACCGGAUAACGAGGUUGUUACUACAACCAAAACAAAAGAGGUGUCUGUUGUUGUUGAAGUUAGUACCCUUCCGGGGGCGUCUCUUAUUACAGAGACGCAUACUCUUUCUACCAACAGCGAAGGUCUAAUUAUUACUGUGACUGAGGCAUGCAGCAAAUGUGCCACUCACACCAUUGUAGAGACUGGAGUCACUACAAUUGUAGAAACUUCUGGAACGAACACUGUCACUAUUACUGAGCCCUGUGAAAACACUUACACUGUUGUAGAGUCUCCUGUUGUUUUUGGAAAGUCUUCAUUGACUGAAACUAUAACUAUCUCUAAUGCACUUGAGACUACUGUCUUUGUGGGCUGCUCAAAUUGCAAAACUAAGGUUAAUACUGUUUCUGGAUUGACCACCUAUACUCAAAUUUCUGGUGAUACUACUGUCACAGUUACUGAACCGUGUGAUAUUGCAUAUACUGUUAUUGAAAGCCCUGUUUCCACUGGUGGUUCAGUUUCCACUGUAAUUUCUACCAUUUUUAGUUCUUCUAUUAUUUCUGUUCCUGUGUCGACCAUCGCUGAGACUUGCGAGUCUUGUAAGACUCAUGUUACUGUUGCAUCUAGUUCAACUACCUGGACCUCUAUAUCUGGCAGCUCCACUGUAACCAUCACAGAACCUUGUGAAACAACAUUUACAGUUGUUGAGUCUCCAGUUUCAAGUGCAGGAACUACUGAAUACUCUACUAUUACACUUAUUUCUUCUCUAGUUAAGCCCACAGAAUCGGUGAUUUUUGAAACUGAGGCUUUGACUUACAUUACUUCCUCUGGUACAAAUGUGGUUAACUAUCCAACUCAAUUAGAAAGCUCUGUUGUUGUUUCAAGCAAGCAACUUGCAUCCGCUAUUUCUGUUGUUAAAUCACCUAGUGAGAUUUUCAGUUCUGUUUCAACUGCUUUGCCGUCUUCUGAAAAUGAGUUAGGUACUUCAUUGCUUUCUGCUUCCACAUCCACAUCCACAUCCACAUCCAACGUUUUACAAGUAAACCCAACACCAGAAUUUACUAGCACAGUUGCUCAAGUGAAUUCUGGUGUUUCAGUAAAGGUUGGAACUAGUCUUUCUGGCGCUUUAUUUCUUUUUGCUAUUUUCCUUUUUUGA